UGAUAAUGCAAACUCGAAUUUUUGUUUGCUUCCCUUUUUUCGUCUCGAAGCUGAGUUUGGCUCCAGGUGAACAACAGCCUUGAACGAGAUUUUAUUUCUAUGGCUCGACCUUCAAGUCCAGCGUGACCACACUUCAAGGCCCGCGCAUAUAGUUCCACAGAUGGACUGGCCACAUCAUCUAAGCCUGGAAGCUUCCCACGGCUUGGAUGCCUUCCACCUGAACAGUCAUGAUGAAGUAAACUCUAAGCUAUAUUCGUCAAGUGAACCCUAAAAGGUAAAGACUGAUACUUAAACGAUGGGCGCAUCAAUUUCUCCAGACCGGUUCCCUGGUCCCUCGCCAACCCUCGCCAUCAACAACACCACUCACGAGAAAACUUCUGCGACAGCAUGGAGACAAAACGGACUGGCUGGUGGUCCUGCCCCCAGGAAAUUCAGGACAUGAUCCUCGACGAGGUUUCCAGGGACAGAAACAGCUCCAUCGCUCAUUGUGCCGCUGUUUGUAGGAGCUGGCAACAAGUCAUCGAGAAGAAAACUUUCGCCCGAUUGACAGUUAACUUAAAGAGAUUGGGCGACUUCAGUAGCAUGAUCAAAAAGCGACGGCAUCUUAUCAAAAACGUCUGGCUUUCCAUUGACUGCGCAGCAGUUGGCUGGCCUCAGACUUUGCGCUCUACAAGACUAUCAGCUCCCUGCUCCUGGAGCUUAGCAAAUGGGAAGCUCGUGGGGAGUUUCACCUCGAGAUCAGUGUUCGCUGGGCAGCAGACUCGCACCAGUGCUUUCAGUAUCUCCAGACUGGCUCGGAUUUCCACCAUAGGGAAGAGCCGGACCGUACAAUCUCUCCCGCCGAUCACAGCGAACCAGCUCGACGUCUUCAUUCUCACUGUUUAAUGCAUCUAUUUGCGCCGCUAUAUCAUGCUUCGACCCGUUGUCUCUUUCCCACAGACUUCCCUUCAGUACCAGCUGUCACUAGCCUCCUAGUGCGUCGGCAGACGAAAUGCGAAUGGAUUAGCAGGGAAGGCCUCAAUCGCCUUCUUGAUCUGCUUCCUAAUCUGCGGCAGAUUCACUAUGAGCCUUGGAGAUCCCUGGAAGGCAGGAAUUCAGUUCGCAACACUCGCAUCACAGUAGAAGGACUGCACAGAGCGACCUUCAGCCACAAUCUAGCCAAAGUCGUGGUUUUCGGUGACUUCAACGAAGACUUCGAUGAGUGCUGGCGUGCGGAUAAGCGAUGGCACCGCGUACCUAUAUCGUCAAGUCGGACAAACCCUCGCAUGGCAUCAUCAGAGAUCGGACAGGCUUUUGCCCAAAUCUCUCGCCCCCUCGUCCAUCUUUCAGUGUCAUUUGCAGCAGAUGCAAGUGACUUCUUCGAAACCUGUCAGCGCAGCUGGGUUUGGACGAGGCUGACCUCUCUUGCGCUCACAUCCAAUCUCUUGGCGCCAAACAAGUACCCCAAGAUAGUCAACGACAUGCUUGAGAAGGCCGGCAUUGUGGCGCUACAAAUGCCAAAACUAGACGUCAUGGAGCUGUGGAACGGCAGAAGGGGUCUCGCUUGUGUCUUCCGGUAUCAAGCCUCUAGGGAUCGCGCAGGCCACAACGCAAAAAUCACAUGGCGGAGCACCUGGCCUCUGUCACACGGGGAUGCGAUCCAUCAUUUGCAGCUUGUGAGCGAGGUGAUCCGCCCGGUGUCGUUGUGGAAGAUCACGUAUGAGUCGCGGUUUUUGAUCGACGGGGCCCGUAUUGGAAGAGAAGCUCCGUGUUGUUUGUUAAACUUGCCUGGGCGAAUGGUUUGA